CGGAGGCUGUGCGCUGCAGCGGCCGCACAAAGCGGCGCAGAUCCCGGUGUGUGCCGAUCUCCGCAGGGUCCUGGAUAAUCCAUCUGGACCCUCAGUGGACUGGAUCUUCCCUCUUGCUUACCCACUCUCGGCAGGAGUGCUUUUUUUCUUUUCUUCCCAUUCCGUGCAGGGAUUUUGAAUUCACUCAGCGCAGGUGACCUGAAGCUGGUUGCAAAGAGGGAGGACAGGAGAACAAAUGGAUGGAGAGCAGACAGAACGUGGAUGAGAAAGAGAAAUCCAGACCAGAAGUACUCCUCCUACAACAGGGGAUUAUCUUUCAAUGCAGAGCUUUGAUUUUAAAUCAGACAGAAGAAAGCCUGUAGGAUUUUGACAUCACCUUGACGUUUUGUGCGGAAAUGAAAAGGAUCAAUUUUAAUGUGUUAAUGACAGUAUUCUAAAGGAAGAAAAAGUUGAUUUUCCAACCCUAAUUCCCCUAAAGCUGCCAGUUCCCACGAGCCCCUUUAGGAUGGAGAAGACAUACUCCCUAACUGCCCACUAUGAUGAGUUCCAGGAAAUAAAAUAUGGCGGUCGUUACAGCAGUGACAUCCUCAGCAAUGGUAUGACCCUUCACCUGGGGGGCAGCCUGGACCGCCAUGUGGGACGACCAAGGGGGGGGACCUGGUCAAACAGCCGAAACAAAGACCAGAGUGGCAACAGCAGCAGCGGGGGCCUACCUCGGUGGAGCAGGAGGGAGAUCUGCCUCCUCUCAGCAUUGGUCUUUGCUGCAGGUAUGUGUGUCAUCCUGGGCAGCAUGCUGGCACUUAAGUACAUUUCCCUUGAUGCCCAGCAGGACCCGCUGUGUAGACAGGACUGCCAACGUAAACGCUCCCUUCUGCGGGCAGCUCGCUUCGUUCAGGCCAAUAUUGACCCUACCAUCCAGCCCUGCCAGGACUUCUAUUCCUUUGCCUGCGGGGGUUGGCUGAGGCGCCACGGCAUCCCAGAGGACAAGCUGAGCUACGGCAUCAUCACAGCUAUUGGAGAGCAUAAUGAGGAGAAGCUACAGCGCCUCCUGCUGGAACCAAUUCAGAGACGUGGGGUAGACUCGGCAGAACGCAAGGUCAAGGAGUUCUAUCGUUCCUGUAUCAGCAUUGAGGAGAUCGACAAGCUGGGGUCAGAACCCAUGACAGAGGUGUUGGAGAGCUGUGGAGGAUGGGACCUAGUGGGAGCUCCUCCCGGCGCUGCUGGGUGGGAGAGGGAAGGCGCCCCCCAAAGGCCAGACUUCAACGAGCUGCUCUACAGGACGCAGGGGGUUUACAGCACUGCCGUCUUCUUCUCCCUCACUGUCAACGUGGACGAUAAAAACUCCUCCAGGAAUGCCAUCAGGAUUGAUCAAGAGGGACUGACGCUGCCAGAGAGAAGCCUCUACCUGGGUCAGGAUGAGGACAGUGUGAAGAUCCUAGCGGCGUACAAGGCCUUGAUGGAGCGCCUGCUGAGCAUGCUGGGCGCUCACAAUGCCACACAGAAGUCCAAGGAGAUUAUACAGCUGGAGACCCAACUGGCCAAUAUCACUAUGUCGGAGUAUGAUGACCAAAGAAAAGACAUCAGCACCAUGUAUAACCGCAUCACCCUCAGGCAGCUGCAGCGCAUCGCCCCUAGCCUUCACUGGAAGCGGCUGUUGGACAGAAUCUUCCACGACAACUUCUCAGAAGACGAAGAGAUCGUGGUGCUGGCCACUGAUUACAUACAGAAAGUCUCGGACAUCAUCAAGAACACUUCGAAGAGGGUUCUUCAUAACUACAUGCUGUGGCGCAUCGUGGCAGCGCUAAGCGAGCACCUGUCCACCGCCUUCCGAAGCACCAUCCACGAGUUUUCUCGAGAGAUCGACGGCACCGAGCAGCAGCUGGAGCUGGGCCGGCUCUGCCUCACUCAGGCUAACAAGCACUUUGGCAUGGCCCUGGGGGCGCUGUUUGUCCAGAAGCACUUCUCUUCGCAGAGCAAGGCCAAGGUACAGGAGCUGGUAGAGGACAUAAAGCACUCCCUGGAUCUGCGGCUGCAGGAACUGGACUGGAUGGACGAGGCCACCAAGGAGGCUGCCAGAGCAAAGCUCAAGCACAUGAUGGUGAUGACAGGAUACCCCGACUUCUUGCUCAAACCUGAGCUCAUUGAUCAGGAAUAUGGGUUCGAUGUGAACAAGAAGACCUACUUCAAAAACAUCCUCAAUAGCAUCAAGUUCAACAUCAAGCUGUCUGUGAAGAAAAUCCAUGAAGAAGUGGACAAGACAGCGUGGCUUCUCCCCCCACAGGCUCUUAAUGCCUACUACCUCCCCAACAAGAACCAAAUGGUCUUUCCUGCUGGCAUCCUGCAGCCCACCCUCUACAAUCCUGAGUUUCCACAAUCUCUGAACUAUGGAGGAAUAGGAGCUAUCAUCGGCCAUGAGCUGACACACGGUUAUGAUGACUGGGUGAUGCAAUGGUUCAUGUCCCUAGGGGGCCAGUACGACCGCUAUGGCAACCUCAAGCAGUGGUGGACUCAGGAGUCCUACAGAAAGUUCCAGAGGAAGGCUGAAUGCAUCGUCAAGCUCUACGAUAACUUCACUGUGUAUAACCAGAAGGUGAACGGCCGCCUGACAUUAGGGGAGAACAUUGCUGACAUGGGAGGACUAAAGUUAUCGUAUUACGCAUAUCAGAAAUGGGUGAGGGAGCAUGGUCCAGAGAGGCCCCUCCCUGGCCUAAAAUACACCCACGAACAGCUGCUCUUCAUAGCCUUUGCACAGAACUGGUGUAUGAAGAGAAGAUCUCAGUCCAUCUAUCUCCAGCUGCUCACUGACAAGCACGCACCAGAGCACUACAGGGUGCUUGGCAGCGUUUCACAGUUUGAUGAGUUUGCCCGCGUUUUCCACUGUCCCAAAAGUUCUCCGAUGAACCCUGUGGAAAAAUGUUCCGUGUGGUGACCCAAUGAUCCUUGACUUUUCAGCUCCCAGCAAAACUCACCUUUUCCUCAGACACAUCACCCAUUGCCAAAGCUCAUCGGGGAGUGUGAAAGCCCCUGCAUACGGAUCCGCUGGUCAAACCAAGCAUGGGUCACGUCGCUGUUGCUUGUGUACAUAUGUCAUGUGAUUAUAAAUAUUUUUCUACGUUUGAAUUUAUUUUGAAAUCAUCUAUUUUUCUAUUUAGCAGAUAUCGCAUACAUCAUGUAAUGGAUUCAUAGAGUUUUCUUUCUAAUUAUGUAUCAUGUUCUCUUGUUUCUCCCUGGAAAAGACUUUAUUUCAUGUGAACUGCAGAAAAUGCCCAGUCUAAAGUGAAUAUGGAUUUGUAGCAUCUUUGUACCAGCCAAUCAGGAAGUAUCUAUCGGCAGGCAUCGCUUUCAGGCCCCCCACCAUUUUCCAGUUCAUACAUUUUUUUGCUCUCAUGCCCUGACAUUAAACUUAAUAAUAACCCUGCUGUGGUUACAUUUGUAUUUCUAUUAUCCUACAGUGAAAAAACAGAUGUGUACAUACACUAUAUAGAAAGAUGUAUAACCUUUUGUUCACACUGUAUGACAUUUGAUCUGACUAAACCUUUCCUGUUUUAGGUUCGUUAGGAUUUCUAUUCUCUAAAUCACAGAAAAAUAAGAGAUUUUUUUUUCAGAAUUGUAUAUUUCUCCAAGCUCAGAAUUCCACUUACACAAAGAUUAUUACGUCUUUAGACAGUUUGGGAAUCCCAGAGCAUACUGUCAUGGCUUUGUAACUGUGUGUUAUGGAAGGAAAACCCAAAACAUUUGACCUAGCUCAUCCAGUUUGAAGGUAAUUCCACCAAAUACUACAGAAAUGCAUGUCAGCGAGUCUUUUCAGCCACAGCAAGUCAUUACAACUUGCCCACAGACUUGGCAGAGUUUUAAGGACAGACGCCCUUCUUGAUGCAACAGAGAGUUGUCUCUUCCUGUCGUAUCAAAGACACGGACAUAGUCCGCUACACCACCCCAGAGGGACUAUUAGAAAAAUGCAUGUAAACAAAAAUAGAUAUUUGUUUAAUAAAUUUCAGACUUUAGCAAAUAGAAAUAAUAUUUCUGGAAAUUAUAACUGACCUAAACAGAUAUUUUUAUGUAAUUUGAUGACAGUAAGAUUUUUUUUUUUUUUCAUUUGGAUGUAAAUAUCUGUCUUUGGUCAUGAAGUCCCAAUAGAUUUUUUUUUCCUUCCAACACACCAAAUAAAAUGUGUGAACUGGAAGGCCUGGAGAGGGGGGGGGGUUGGGCCUUAAAGCAGUGUUAAGGACCUGAAGUUAUUUAUUAUUGAAAAUCUGGGCCUGCUCUCGCUCUGGUGUUGGAAGUGUCAUUUGUGUUGCAGCGCCGCCCUCUACUGGCCGCGGAGAGCUGUGGUCAGUGUUCGGCUCGUCUCGACUGUUGUAAUCAAUGUUUGCCUGCAUUGGUCUCUUGUUACUGUGAGUGUUUGUACGGUUUUUUUUAAAAGACGUGUUGACUCACGCUGGGUGACUUUCUCAGGAUUUGUAGCCAAGUGCAGCACCAAAGAGAGACAUCUUCUCUCCAGGCCAUGCUGCCAGAACACAGAGGAAGAACGGCAUCUGUUGGAGGUCACGCGUUACAUGUAACCCGUCAGAGAAACCAACAGCCUGUACACUGAGAUCUAACUGUAAUUAUGGAGAAUCAUACAUUUGUACACAGUGUUACUUUUCUAUGAAGAAUUUGUUAAUACAAAAACAGGAGUCAUUAGAAUCUUUGUACAGUGGUGAUGUAUAUCAGAUGUAAUGGUUGUGGAAGUGAGUGCAUGUUUCCAUCCAGACCGGCAUUAAAUUCUGAUCGACUAACAUGGAGGAUCCCACACGCGCCGUAGUGUCCAGCUGCUAACCCACAUGUGGCUGCUCUCUCUUCCUCUCUGUUGGUCACUGUUAAUGUUCUAAUAAAAACAAAGGGUAACCGUC